GGAGAUAAACAAUUUCAAUCGGAAAUUGAUGGUGACAUUUUGAAAUACUGGAAUCUAUGUGGAUCUGCUUUCAAACACAAUCAAUAUGCACCUUUCAUAUUAUUUAUCAAUAGAGCUAUAACAGAUUUAGAUUGGGUCGAUUUAAAAAUCGAAUGUGUUCAAGAUCAAACAAAUUUUGAACUGGCUCUGGAAAAAAUCAGUUCAUUGAAAGAUAAGGAAAGCAUACCACAAGUCGUUAAAAUUAUUUCAAUGACAGUAAAUUCUUCUUUUAUAAAAAAGAAUGAUCUGAUCUUGUCUGGAAUCAUUGAUUUACAACAUCUUCAGCCAGAGAUUAUUUAUUCACUAAAAAAGUUCAAUU